AUGACAAAGCGUGAUCUUGAGAGUGCGGCCAACAGCUCGAAGGAGGGCGGCAACGAAGCGGAGCGUGCACCAAAGCGUCGCAAAGUGCGCUCUUGUGACACUUGCCGUCGUCAGAAAGCGCGUUGUGAAUUCACGACGAGCAACGACAUCUGCCACAGAUGCAAAGCUAUUGGAGCACCCUGUGUAUUCGACGCCGACGCUCAGGCAAACUUGCAAGCAGCAAGCACCUCUCGCGCUUCUGUUGGGAAUGGCACACAGUCCAAUAAUCUGUCCUUGAAAAGGAAAGAAAUCAAUAUUGAUCCUCAGGAGACGAUUGCCAGACUCGAGGAGCGGCUAAGAGUCACGGAGGAUGCUCUCCGGCUCGUCUUGAGCAAGAUUGGACUUCCUUCUCUGGAUGCAAUCGCCCGUCUUAAUGACGGGCACAGCCCGAGUUCACCAAUCUCAGCGUCUCCAGUCUCGGCGGCAGCAGAUCAUAGUGCAGAACUCCUACGCAAGUCACCAGCCCUUACCAAUCUUUACCCCCUAACCAAUCCAAUCGAUGCUGGCAUCAUAAGCAAGGAGCAAAGCACAGAGCUCACCUCUAUUUUUGAAAUGCGCUUCAACCAUUGCCUCUAUAGUCCAAUCCUGAAGUCUCAAAGGAUGACCUGCGAGCGCCCUUUCACUUUUACUGCAAUGUGCGCCCUGGCCCUCAGGUUGAAGACAACAAUUCCCAACCAGGAAGAAGUUAAAAGGAAAAUACACCAGCUCUUGCAGGCUCAAUUGAAUGUAGCCAUGAGCGCGAGAUCUGCUACGGUUGAUGCGAUCCAUGCUUUGCUCAUUAUAUCGCUUUGGGCUUCCGUUCUGCCGAGUGGAAACUGUGUAGGGCAGCACCCUGACGUACCGGAUGGUUGGCACCUCCUUUCGACAGCCGUCCAAAUGGCACAAAAGCUUCGGCUAGAUCUUGCUUCUGGAGAGGUCAAACGCCUAUUAGCUGAGAAUAAGAGUGGCCAUCCAGAGUAUGAGGUGGCGCUCGAAAAAUGCCGAGUAUGGUACACUCUAGUGACAUAUGACACUGCCAUGAGUCUAGGCUCUGUCAAACCUCGCUUGACUCAAUUCAUGACAGAGUCAGAUCUGAGCGCGGUCCUCUCCACGUUCGCUGAAUCGCCAUCUGAUAGAUGUCUCAUCUAUCAUCUGGAGACACUAAGCGUGGUAUUUAGGAUCUACAAAGUUCACCCACCUCUUCAGGAGAUGGCAAGCCUCAAUUCAUUUAUUGCAGCCGUCGACUCAAUCCUGCAUGAUGUCGAUAGGAUUGCAACGACUGCCGAGCGGACUUGUGAAGAAUUCAGAGAUAAUCCCCAAGCCUGCACAGAAUUCCGGAUGUUCUCAAUCUACGAACACUAUGCAGGCUGCGUGUUCCUCAGUCACGCCUGUGGGCUGUUGAGUGCACUGCCUGGGGUCGACGGAUUCAAUGGCUAUUCCUUCAGCGUGGCGCAGUCGAAUCCAGCUAUCCUCAAGACAGUCUCGGCACUCUCUAUAUACAUUGACCGAAUCUGCACCAUGGCCGAACAAGUAUUGCUUCAAGCAUUCCCCGAUGAUUCGCACGAACUUGCAUUUCUCUCAACGGCUCCCGACCAUCUUUUUACCAUCAUCUCCUUCUCUGCAGCAGUAUUGAUGCAGUGCCAAGUUACAGUCUUCAAAUACCGACCAGAAGGUCUGCCAAAGGCCGACUAUUACGACUCAUUGAUUGCACGAACAAGUGCACACUUGGCAAGAUUGGCCAUUGGCGACUCAUCGCUGCCUGGACGAUAUGCCCAAGGACUGUCUUCAAUGCUACGACGGUGGAAGAAACAAAAAGCGGAGCGACCAUCAACUACCAACCCACAUGAAGAAUAUUACCUGAACCCGAAUGGCACGGCAUCGUCCCAUACCACCAAUUCUCCUUUCCAACAGAGCAUACCGUAUAAUCCUCCCACACAGGCGUCUCAUGGGGUAAACCAGGGCGUCUCGGCAUAUUUACCUCUCACCGGUUACGAAGUUCCAUCCAUCGAUUUUGCUGCUGAUUUUCUCGAUCCCAUCAUCUGGCUAUCCAACGUAGACAUUCCCAAUCAUACGCCUCCAAGCCAAUAA